UAAAAGGAGGCGUGUCUGGCGUGGGGCGGAGUAGGCGGGAUUAGUAGGUUAGAGACGGGAGUGAGAGUGGCGGACGGUGUCGGUGAGGUGCGGAGAGAGAGGACGGUGAAUGUCUUGUACAUGAAUAGUGUGACGGAGGUGACACUGGCAGCAAGUAGACUCGGGGUCGGCAGACGCAGUGUGGCGGUUUGGAGAAUAUCUGAAUUCUGCAAUAUAUGGAGCUGCUGAAAAACACCUUUGAAUACUGCCACGCCCAACACAGCGCCUCCGCAUGAAAUACACGCCCUGCCCAGCCCCCGGAAGCCGGGUCGUGGUCAUCGGCAACCACCAUUAGAGCCCACCGCGCGUGGAUCUACUCCAGCAAAGGACUCUCUUGGACACAGAAGCCGGCGCUUCCCCCUCAGCCCGUGCCGGCUGGAAAAUUCACAGUCUAUCCAGAUGGGGUAACGUGAUUGGUCCAAAAGGAUCAGCUGUUUUGCCUCGGAACUGCCAGGAUUCUUUUUUUUGUUUGUUUUUCGGGGUUUUUCUUUUUUUUUUCUACUGUAAACGGAAGGAUUUGGCCGGUGUAGGACUUUGAGAAGUCGGCGUCUGCAUGGACUUGCAUACUGAACACUACUGAGCCUUGCAGACACGCGCGGUUUGGUCGCUGUGUUUUGAGUUUUUGGCGUGUUUAGGGAGCCGUUGCUGUACGGCUCCUUUGUAAUUUUUGCACAAUAUUUGUGUGUUUUUUGUACGUUUUUAUCGCCCAGUUUGUACCUAUAUAUAUUUUUUUUUCUUCGCUGUGUCCACCAUGGCACGUAUGAACCGCCCCGCUCCAGUGGAAGUUUGCUACAAAAACAUGCGUUUUCUGAUCACGCACAAUCCCACCAACGCCACGCUCAACACCUUCAUCGAGGAUCUGAAGAAGUACGGGGCCACCACCGUGGUCAGAGUGUGUGAGAUCACCUACGAUAAGACGCCCCUGGAGAAAGAUGGCAUCACCGUCAUGGAUUGGCCGUUCGAUGACGGAGCUCCUCCCCCAACCAAAAUCGUGGACGAUUGGUUAAAUCUGCUGAAAGCAAAGUUCUGUGAAGAUCCCGGUUGCUGUGUAGCCGUUCACUGCGUGGCCGGACUGGGCAGAGCUCCUGUCCUGGUGGCCCUCGCCCUCAUUGAGAGUGGGAUGAAGUAUGAAGACGCCAUUCAGUUCAUCAGGCAGAAACGGCGGGGCGCCAUCAACAGCAAGCAGCUGACUUACUUGGAGAAAUACCGGCCAAAGCAGAGGCUACGGUUCAAAGACCCGCACAACCACAAGAACAAGUGCUGCAUUAUGUAACCGCUGUGACUUAUUGCCAAAGCACACACACCCCUACAUCAGACCCCCGCACACACCUACAUCAGACCACCCCCGCACACACCCCUACAUCAGACCCCCGCACACACCCCUACAUCAGACCCCCGCACACACAGGCGUACCCCCUCCUCCACUCACACACUGCAAAAAACAAGGGCAAGAUUGAAGUAGAAGCUACUCAGUGGUUUUCCACGAGAAUUACAUUUUAUAUAGCUUCUUGUAAAUAUUAAUUUGCGACUGUAUAUUGCAUUAUGUAAUUAUUAUUUUUUUUGGGGGGGCGGCAGGAGGUGUUUGGACACCUUAAUGUGUGGGCCAGACUUUGGGGAGGGGGACUUGUAGUCCAGCUGCACAUUUCACAAUUUUUUUUUUAUUAGAGGGUAUGUCUUGUUGAAGUUGGGGGGGACAUAAAUUUAGUUUUCACUUCUUUACCCUUAGUUUAGAUUUAUGUUUUAUUAGAACUGGCCGGCCCACGUGGAUCCUGGUGCUUUGAAUGCUGUAGCUUUGUGACUCGUUGCUCUUGCACACCCCCUAGUGUCCAGUAGGGAUACAAUGUGGACAGGUCACUCAUUCUUUACUGUGACCAAUCGCAAUAUAGAACUAUCCUCCCCGUGUUCAAUGAAUGAAGAUUAUA